CCGCAUAGGGUCAAAGAAAUUUACGUCAAUUGAAAAUAAACGUGUCAGUCGCCUUGUAUUUACAAUUUUUUGAUAAAAACAAAACGCUCAUUGAACCUUAGGAGAGUUCAGAUGAGUAAUUUGUUAUUAUCAGUCGGCAAUAAAUAUCCUAAUGAGUUGCGACUUCCGUUUUGAGAUAAUGAAUUUUAAGAGCGAUGAUGUUCAGUAGGAAAUAUGUUGUAGGCAGUAUAUUUCUUUCACUUGCAGUGUAUGUGGUAGCACCUACGACUUUAACUUUUCUGCUUCUGUUUGUUUUUCUUUUAAUUGGUGCUGUGUUAGGAUCACUUUCUGCGUUAUGGAUAAAUAUAAUGCUAUCACCUCCUCACAAGACUAUUGUGGGAGCUGAACAUAAUAUGAAACAGUGUGAUAACUUCAGAAAUAAACUUAUGAAAGACUAUGAUUCCUCACAUUCCCCGAAAAAUCUUCAGCCUAACUUACCUCAGAUAUUCGGUAGAACCGUUGACAGCUUACUUCAGCAGCUUUUGGAUUUUGUGAUUAGAGAUUAUGUUAUUGUUUACCUCAGAGACUAUGCAUAUGAUUUGGAUGGCCUUGGGGUUGGGAUAAAAGAGGAUUUCUGGGGUGCAAUAAAAACACUACAUGACAAACUGUCUAGGGUUGACCACGCAAGAUUAAUUGCUUGUGAUGUUGUUUCAGUAAUAACUGAUCAUUUUGAAAAAAUUCGUGAAGCCAAAACUAGCAGCAUUGAGCAAGAUAUUCCACCAGAAUUUCAACUUAGUCUCCAUGUAAUAUCCUCAGAGAAAGAGAUAGAAUAUUUAAGAACAUUGAGCGAAGUGUUGAUCAUGUUUUUAUUGCCAAGGACCUAUUCUUUAGCUCCUUCAAAAUACUUUCUAAGGGAAGUAUUGUGUUGUAAAGUGCUUAAGCCUUUCAUUGACAUGUUGACUGAUCCAGAUUUUUUUAAUCGCAAUCUCAUAUUGUAUAUUGAAAAAGCCAAUCAGCAACAAAUUACUCUUUCAAAAAAGGCACUGGAAAAUGUUGAAGAUAUUGUUGAUAAAGUGGAUGAUGCCCAAGUUUUAAAACAGAUUAGGUACACUGUGGUAACAAAAUUAAUGCAAGCAACCACUCUUCAAAAUUUGAACAGAGCAAAAGGUCUUGAUUUAGAUAACGACAAAAAUACUUUGGCUUCAUCUGGAAUUCAGAAAUCCGAUAUAAAUGCUGCCAAAAAACUCAAAAAGACUAUUAUUCAGUUGACCAACGCAAAGAAUAUGUGCGAGAAAAAGCUCAGUCAACUGGGUUGCGAUAUUGGACACCAAUAUGGAGACGAAUAUAGUAAGGUAUUAUCACUUCAAACGGUUCUAGAAGACAUUAUUGGUAGAAAAUAUUUAUCCCAAUUCUUACAAACCUUAGCAAGUCACGACUUAAUUAGGUUCUGGGUAGCGGUAGAUGAACUGAGAGCAGCACAACGAAACCAGUGGCACCAACUAGGUGCAGAAAUUUUUUAUACAUUUAUUAGGAACCCAGUUUCAGAGAUUAAAGUGGAUAAAGCUACAAAAAAAAGAAUGGAGGCAUUUUUGCUAGGUGAUAAAGGCCCAGAAGUAUUCUAUGAAGUACAACAGCAAGUUGUUCAGACGAUAGAAGAUAAAUACUACCAACCAUUUCUUAUAAGUGACUACUACAAAGAGAUGGUCUUAGCAAUGGAGAAUGAAAGUGAAUUAAUGGAAAAAGAAGAAUUGGGUUCCAUAGAGGAGAAACAAUUGUCAGUUGAUUCGGCCGGUAGUAUUGAAAGUAGUUUAAAUGUCGGAGACCAUUCAAACUACGCUCGUAGAAAGUUGGAGCAGCUGGACGAAAAGCUAAACAAUAAGAUACAGGCUUUAGCUGCAUUGAAAUCUUCAAUGCGCCCGGAAUCUAAAGUGUUGAGUAAAUUGGAAAAGGAGGUUGAGUGGUUGCAAGGGGAGAAAAGACAAUUGGAGGCGCAUCUGACGAGAACCGAAGUGUGGGCAGAAAACUUGGGCAGAUGGACGGCGUUUGUCCAAAGCGUGGAGAUGUGCGAAGAAAAAGAGCCGCCGCAGUUUGUCUUGGUAGUUCAAAUGUCCGAAAAUGAUUCGACCGAUGGCGAAAUGGGAAUAUCGACGGGUUGGGUGGUGUGCCGUAAUCUAAUCCAAUUCCAAGAGUUGCACAAAAAACUAAGGCCGCUGUGUUCAGACCUACGCAAUCUGGAGCUGCCCUCAAACACAUUUAAAUUUCUAUUUGGAAAAAAUGAUAAGCUCUCAGUGGAAAAGGCUAAAUUGCAAAUUCAGAAAUAUCUUGAUUUUGUUUUAAAAGACGAUAGACUAAAUCAAAGCGAAGCGAUUUAUUCGUUUCUGAGUCCAAGUUCUGAGCAUUUGAAGCAUUCAACACCCAGUCCGAAGAAGUCAAGAUUUUCCUUUUCUACUUUGUUUAAAAGCGCCAGUGAACAGAAUACAACAUUCUCGUUACUGAAAGACAGUUCUGAGGAAGAUAUAUCGUGCCUCGAUUCCGUGGGAGUUGAUUCGGCAGAUUUUGUUAAACCAAAUGGACAUUUCAUAAAAGUAUGCGAAGAUGGUAAAGAUUCGAUAGCCGAACCGCUUUAUGCCCUUUUAAGCGAGUUGUUCGAUAUGAGAGGAGUGUUUAAAUAUCUUAGAAAAACAUUGAUCGCAUUUGUCCAAGUCACUUAUGGCCGCAACAUAAACCGUCAAAUCUACGAGACAAUCUCUUGGUGGUUCUCAGAAGAAAUGCUGCAUUAUUACAUAGCGUUAAUAUUGAAAAAUUUUUGGCCCGGUGGCGCUCUGGCGCCGUUUGGGCCUGAGCGUACCAAAGAACAAAGACUGGCAACUAUGCAAAAGGCGCAGGAGAUGCUUGUGAACAAUGUACCUGAAGUAUUGACGACAUUAGUGGGAACAACGGCGGGUAGAAACGGGGCCAAAAAACUGUUCGAUACUUUGCAAGAGAAAAACUUGAAUAAGCACUUAUUUUAUGAAAUUCUAGAAGCUGCUUUGGAUGCGGUGUUUCCUGAAAUCAGCUAAUUUUUAUCAUUUUUGACAGUGAAAACAGUAUUUUAUUAAUACUUAAUAAUUUUAUUACCAUAAGCUUUAAUCUUGUUACCAAAGUUUAUAUUUUAUGUAGCCAUAUUUUGUUAUUGAUCUACAAUUUUAGUAACUAUGUGUUUUUUGUAAUAGGAAAAACUAUUCUUUUUAAAAAAUGUAUCUUAACAAAUACAAUUAAUUUUCCUUGGGGGAGCUUUCAGUUAUAAUAAAAAAAUAACAAAACCAAUCCCGCAAUUUAAAAUGUGAUUUAUGAUUGGCUUGGAUAGGUAAAUAUUGACCAUUGGCCUCA